CCGUGGGUUUUCAGACGUGCUUCUCCUCGCGCAUCUUGCGGCCGCUUUCGGUAAGCAGCGCCUUCUGGGUUUGAGCGCAUAACCUCUGCCGAAGACACGUCAACCACUGCAACAGCAGCACUGCACGGAGACAGCAGCAGGCCUACGAGGAGCCACAGGGAAGCUUGUCAGCUACAGACUUGCUCAUUCUUAAUUAUCUCCAUGGCUGCUGAUGAGACCCGACAGGAGCCGGACCUGCGCGAAAUGCGCCAAUUAUCUGCAAAGAACGGAUGUGCGUUCGUGUGUGUACAUGGUAAUAUGUUCAGUUAAAAGCAAAUGCAGAUAAUUAAUGCGGAACUGUGGUUGUCAGUAGUUACAUUAAAAGGUCGUGCGUUGUCUGCUCUUUACGUAACCUUUUUUUUUUUUUUUGCGUAAUUUUGCACCGGGUAUUGGAUGCCGCGUGGACCUGGAUUAUUUUGGCGAGGAAAUCUGUAGUGUUCUCCCCUCCUCCCUGCAUCCGUUGUUGUCCUCAACAGCAGACACUCAUUCAGACGGGGACUAUUUGUCUGGAGCAACAUUAUAAACAGACGAGGAGCAGUUUUAAUGAAAUCCAACAUCGCUGUAUCCAGGUUGAAGGGAGAUAAGGAGAGCGAGGGCUAGAGAGGGAAAUGGUAAAAGGAAGAAAAUCAAUGCAUAUCUUCUAGGACUGUGAAUGCACAUGGGUUAGCCCUUCAAUCAGCAAUGCCUGGGAAUCAUCCAGCUGCUCUUCCAUGCUGUUUUCUGAGAAUGGGAUCAUAGUAAACCUCUCUAAGAUUUAGAUCAACUGCUAGCAUGUUGCAUUCUUCCACCAGAGCAGGUGACAGCCUGUUAGAAACAUUACCUCAUUGGAGUAAGCGUCCGCGAUGGGUCCUUUCCCUCACCCUCUGCAUGGCUCUUCUCUGGCUUCCAGGGGCAGCAGCAUCUACCUUAAACUGCCAUAAGACAUGCAUCUGCGCCUCAAACAUAGUGAGCUGCUCCAAGAUGAAUCUGACCACCAUCCCAUCAGGUCUACCGCUCUACACUGCUGUGCUUGAUCUCAGCUACAAUGAGAUAGUGCGGCUGCGUUCUGAGUGGACCCCAGUCAAGCUCCUGAAGCUCCACAACCUCCUCCUCAGCCAUAAUGGUCUCCAAUUCCUGUCUUCAGAGGCGUUCCUAUAUGUAAAGCAUCUGCGCUACUUAGACCUGUCCUCCAACCACUUGCGACUGCUGGACGAGUUCAUCUUUGAGCCGUUGGUCAACCUGGAGGUCCUCUUGCUGUAUAAUAACCACAUUUCCCAGAUUGACCGCUCAGCCUUUAUUGGCAUGAUCAACCUUCAGAAGCUCUACCUUAGCCAGAACCAAAUCUCCCGUUUCCCUGUGGAGCUGGUCAAGGAAAAGUCUCGCCUGGAGAAGCUUAGUCUCUUGGAUGUGUCCUCCAACAAGAUCAAAAUAUUACCCAUUGAUGAGCUCCAGGUGCUGCCUGCCUGGAUUAAAAAUGGCCUCUACUUCCACAAUAACCCUCUGCAGUGUCACUGUGAUCUCUACACUCUCCUCGCCCAUUGGUACAUUCGAAAGCUCAACUCCGCUGUGGAUUUCAAAGGCGACUACACGUGUAUUCUGCCUGGCCCGCAAAAAACCGAAGUAGGUGUUUUUGAUCUCAGCGAUGACCAUAUGAACUGCAGCACUUUUAAGGAGGCAGAUGAAGAGGCUUUUCUGGAGCAGAGGCUGAUCCUUAGCUGUGACACCAAACACAGGAACAUGGUAAAGACCUGGAUGAUGCCUGGGAAUGUGGUGGUGACACCUGGAAGCAACCAGACAGCCAAAGUCUUGCCAGAUGGGAGUUUGCAGAUUAGCUCGAUCAGAAAUGAUGACUCUGGUACCUACACUUGCAUUGCAAUGAGCGAGGGCUUCAAUGAGACGAUCUAUGUGGUGCUGAAGGUUCACAACUUCACCAUGAACGGUGGCGGAGAGACCCUGAACACAGCGUACACCACCUUGGUGGGCUGUCUGGCCAGUGUGGUGCUGGUGCUCAUGUAUCUUUACCUGACACCAUGUCGCUGCUUCUGCUGCCCCAAUAAAGGUAAGGCUCGGGGUGAGGACAGCAUCCACUCAUCCAUGCUCAGCGUGACACCAACCCACGAGGACCCAGCGCUCAAGGCCGAGCUGAACAGGCACGUGGCGUUUAUAGACUCCAAGGAAUCACAGGGCCAGAAUGGCAAGCUGAACCCCAAUGGGGAUGAGGAUGAUCUGGAUGCAGAGGAUGGUUCUCUUAUGAAGGGAAAGAGAAAGAAGUCAGUAGCAGAGUCCAUCAGCUCCGUCUUUUCAGACACUCCAAUGGUGGUCUGAGAUGAGACCAGCAAAUAGGAUGGAUGCCACACAACAGGAUGUAAAUGGUUAGUGAGCCAUUGAUUUAGUUAAUGCAACUGUGAUUGUGACCUUUUGGGAGGGAACAGAGGAGGGAUGUUCAUCUGUAGUUGCUGGCAAGUGGAAAUAAUUAUCUCAAAGGGAUUACAAAAACAAACUGUCUUCUUGACAAUAAGCAGGACUUUUCCAGCAUUUUAAUCUGUAGCAAUUAAUAUUCAUACUGUGAAGGAACGGCAGUGUACAUGAACAGUGGAAACUACUGAAGUCUUAUGAGAGCAAAACGUAGAUGAUAUAUUGUUGAUAUCAGCACUCAGGAAGUGAUCCAUUAAACUGCUAAAGUGUGGGAAAUAACAUAUGAUACAAUGCACAGGUUUAAAUUAGAUUUGACUCAUAAUUGUAUUUAUGACAAGGACUAGAAUAGAUUGCAUCUUACCUAAAACAUUAGAGCAUAGAUACAUUUACCCAUCCUCUAUCAACACAGGGACAUAGACGGACAGAGACGCCAUCACAAGCCUAUAAAUUAAUCUGUUGUUAACCUUGAGACACUAUAGAUAAACAGCAUGCCAUAAAUCCACAUUACAUGAGGUCUCAAGCUGAUCUGUACUGAUCUUUAAGUCUUUAAGUAGGAUAAAGAAAAGGUGCAUUCAUCAGAUGUUUAGUCAUUGAGAAAGCAGUAGCACAAACAUUAUAUUAAGAGGCCAUUACAAGUCAUUACUAACACUCAUAUAGUUCAUCAGACCAAUCUUUUUUUAUAUUCAGAGACAUAUGUGUAGCGAUACAGGAGAAAGCUAUGGGGAUCAAUUUACAAAGAGGUAUGGUAUAAAUGAGUUAACCUGCUCAAGGCAGAACAUUGCUUACAUAUGAAUAGUUUAUCAAAAUAGUUGCCUCUUAGUUCUUGCACAUCUACAGUAUAACCCAAAAGAAGCCUUACACAAUUAAAAACAUGUUACUCCUCCAGCAGAUACACAUAUUAGAUGCAGGGAAGUAUUUUGUCUUGACUGGAUAUCAACAUGUUGUCUCAAUUUUUUAUAGACAGGUGACAUGGUUUUUACGAGGACUAAUAGACUAAUGAGGUACUGCAGAGUUUGACUCAUCCUAUUGGCAAAGUUAUAGCAUUUGUUUCUCUCAGUCACACUAGCAGGAAGUUAAAUACCAAGCUCAAAGCUGCCAGCUCAAGUUUUUUUCUUUUUCUUUCCUGUAUGUAAAAUGUACUCCUUACACUAAAUCCCGAACAUUGCUUAGACUUAGACAGACUUUCUUGUCAUUUAACUUCACAAUAUACAGUUGAGCAAGAUUACGUUGCAAGGCUCCGAAAAAAGAAAAAGAAACAGAAGACAAGUGAAAAGAGAAACUGUAUAAAUAUGUGCAAUAUAAAGUAUGUGCAAUAUAAAAUUAAAAAUUAUCAUAAGACGAUUAUGACUAAUGCAAAUAUCAGUAGCAGAAGAACGUAUUGCAGUGAAAACAGUGAAAUGAACAAUAUAAAUUUGAAGUUAAAAGAAACUUGCUCAAAUGCUCAAAGAAAACAUAAACCUUGGUGUAUUUAUAUGUCACAAAUUAUGUUGUAGAUUUAAGUAUUUGCUCAGAUGGACAAUAAUUUAAGAAGUGUUGGACUGGUUUGCCCUGUGGUAGUAAAAGCUGUACAGUGUAUUAGCUGGUAAACAUUAGUGUGCCACAUAAUAAAACCUAAAGGGCUCUUCCAAAAGACCAAGAGUAUUGCUGAUGAGGCUGUACAUUAUUUGACAGUAUAGAGCUGGUUUUAUAGUUUGUAGCUUCUGACAGGUAACCUAAUGUAACACAUUGUGAUCUUCUGAAGAUGCAAUUAUUCUAUAGAAUACAAUUACAAUUUAAUAUAUUGUGAAUUUUCCGUGCAAGACACCUCAUAUGCUGUGCAUAUUAUAUUAAUAAGGUUUAAAACAGGCAUUAACAAGAAAGAGUCAUUUCAUUAAACUGUGCAGUGUUUGUGUCAUAAUGCAAAAAGCCUAUCCCUGCUUAAAUGCUAAUUGCAUCUUUUGAUGGGAUGCAGCUUCCCUCUGUUCUACAUGUCUUUGUCUCUCUGAGCAGAAGGGGAUAGGUGUGUUAACAUGAGUCACAGCAACACAAAGCCAUUCUCUUUGGCUCCCUGUACAAUGACAGCCUCAAUUCAGCCCAGAUGUAUUUGCUUUACCUCUGUCAUUACGAGGCUGCCCUGACUUAAAAGCAAUUAUUCAACCAAGCAAUGAAUAAGCAGGCUCUAAUUUGUUUAUGAGUGUUUGUAUAUUUAAUGCCUGGAGCUUUCAUUGAACAUUGGCUCUCCCACCAUGAUUGGAAAAAAAUAUGUUCAAAUUGAUUCCUGAUUGCCUUUUAGUUUUCCACAUCAACACCACAGUAUAUAUUAGAAAACACAGAUAUGUAGAAUCACAUACGUCUUGCAAUUAAAUAUCAGUAUAGUGCUCAAAUGUGAAGAUAUACAUUUCUGAGCGCAAUAGGUUUCUACGCAAAAUUGAUGUUAAAUUCACAGAUGCAGUGUGCAAUGCAACAUCUUCUGUGUGUGGGUGAAAAAGGAAGUCACACUUAUCAGAGAGGUGGUGUGUGUGAAUCAUUCCACUCUCUCACGUAUGAGGUAUACCAGGUGGAAAAUAGCAAAAACACCACAAGACGCA